AUGAAGCCCUCGGACCAUGGGCCUCUGCUUCGUCGCAAGUCUUCGACUCCGCACUACCAGACAUUUGGCGGAAUAUCACCUCCCAAGUCUCGAGGGCGACCGUUAUCCGAUUCUUCCAACUCCUCCAGCCACGACCUGCACAAUGGGGAGGAGAGCCAUCACCACAGUUCACCGCUGCCAAAAAAACAGAUGGCCAUCUUGGCCGUCAUAGCAUUGUGCGAACAGACAGCACUCAAUUCUAUCAGUCCCUACCUGCCUGCAAUGGCCUCGACGUUUCCCGAAGUGAACCAAGGUCAAGUGGGCAUGUACGUGGGGUUAAUAGCUUCUGCCUUUGCGCUUGCGCAGCUCACCACAAACUUCUUUUGGGGAUGGCUGUCAGACCACAUUGGCAGAAAGCCAGUAAUAUUAAUGGGCACACUAUUUACUGCGGCCUGCUUCGUUGCGUUUGGGUUCGUGAAGACACUCCCGCAAGCCAUUGUGGUUCAAGCGUUGAUGGGGCUGUUGAAUGGGAAUCAAGGUGUUGUUUCUACCUGCCUGGGUGAGAUCACCGACCGAAGCAAUCAAUCACGGGCUUUCACCUAUCUACCUGUCAUCUACGGCCUUGGAGGCAUCACAGGUCCUGUCAUCGGCGGUGUGUUGGUGUUUCCGAGGAACCCUUUCGACAGAUCAAGGCCGAAUCCGUACCCUUACCUUCUACCGAACCUCAUAUCCGCUGCAAUACUCUCGGUGGACUUCAUUUUGGCGUCAGUUUUUCUCGAGGAAAGCCUAGAGGAAGCACAAUAUCUCCAACCUCUGGGCUCAAGGGUACGGAACCUCUUUGUAUGGAUUUGGCAAUUUACCUCUUCCAGCAGACCUCAUUACUUGCGACGAAAGGGCAAGAGCCACCAAAGUCCAACCCAUGAGAAUGGGCUGGUCGAGGUGUCGGACGAUGAAGAUACGGAUGGUGGCGCAGACCCUUCAAGUUUCUUCACUGCUACAGACGAAUUGAAGAAGAAAGACGUGCUCAACCGCGACACCAUCCUCCUGCUUCUGACAUACCUCAUUUUCCAACUAUCCAAUAUCUCCUUUAAUUCUCUCUAUCCCAUUUUCGCUCAAGCUGCACCACCCACCGGCCGAAACCUAGAUCCUGAAGAGAUCGGCCUAUCGCUGGGGUUUGCCGGAGUAGUCACCAUUCUUUUCCAGAUCGGCAUUUUCGGAAAGCUGCGGGAUAUGAUGGGUAAUAGAUGGGCAUACAGAGCUGGAUUGGCAGGGUUUGUGAUUGCCUACAUCUUGAUGCCGUGGGUAGGAUACAAGGAAAGUGACGACGAGAACGGGGGUACACACGGCGCGGCAUGGCUAUGGCUAGAGAUUUGUGUUGUUCUUCUUAUCAAAACCGUCGCGGCAGUGGGCGGUCUGACUAGUGCUCUACUUUUGAUCACGAACUCGGCUCCUAAUCACUCUGUUCUGGGAACCCUCAAUGGCCUUGCCCAGACCUUGUCAGCGGCAGGCCGAGCAGUCGGCCCGUUUGUCUCAGGGGGUCUCUUCUCACUCGCAACUCGAGUUCGUCCCAAGGGAGAAGCCCUUGCGUUCGGCAUCUUUGGCGGUGUCGCUUUCAUUGGUUUCUUGCUAAGCUUUGGUAUACGAUCGCCUAACUUGGAGGCAGAAGGAUGGUCCGCAGGGAAUGAGGAUUCUGAUGAUGAUGAUGAUGAUGGUUCUGACAAGUCGGAAGAAGAAGAUGAUGAUGAUGAUUGA